AUGACUAGUAAUAAGAAAAACAAUAAUAAUAAUAACCACGAUGACGAUUGUGUUGACUGUUCGCAUGAUAAUUACGUAUCAAGAAGAGUUGAUCCCAAAUCUAAGGCAAAGAAUGACAUGAAGGAAGUUUGCAAUGAUGGACUUAUAAAUGGUAGUAAAAAUAAUGGACAUGCUGCCGAUUGCACAUGUUCACAAUGUUACUGUGCUGACUGUUUAAAAGGGAAUUAUAUAGCAAACAAAAUUGAUCCUAAAUCUAAGGUAAAAAGUGAUAAGCAGGAUGUUUGUAAUGAAAAGAAGACUGCAGUUAAAAAGGAAAAAAGAUCCUACCAAGAAAUUUGCAAUAACAAUGCUAAGACUGGCGAACAAAAAAACAACGCAAAAGUCAAUCACGAUGCAGAUUGUACCUGUUUAGAAUGUAUCUGCACAGUUUGUCUAGAAGAAUACGAAGCUGAGGUAAAGAGUUACAAGCAAAACACAGUUAAGAAAGGAAUAAUUAGUCAGAAAAUCUGCGAUGAUGAUAAUAUAAAUAACAAUCAGAAAAGUAACGGUCAUGAUCUCAAUUGCUCUUGCUCAGAAUGUUAUUGUAUGGAUUGCAUGAAAGGUAACUUCAUGGCUAAAAAUAUAGAGCCAAAGACUAAAAGGAAAGGUGAUAAAGACCGUAAAAAUUCAACAAAAAGUAGCCACGGUGCAGACUGUGAUUGUCCGGAAUGUUGCGUGAUUUGUUUAGAAGAGCAAAUGCAGAUCACAGCUGAAAAGCAAAAUAAUAAUGCGUCAUCCCCUGUUGGAAAGAAGGAUAAUUUUGACUCGUGGUUAUGUCAGGACGCGAUUAUUGAUAGCUGUCACAGUUCCACUUGUGACUGUCAUGUAAACUUUUUGAAUGAAAGUGACGACAUAGAUAAAUCCUUAGAAAUAAAUUCAAGAAAAACUGAACAUGAUUUUGAUUCUUGGUUAUGCCAGGACGCGCCUAGUGAUAGUUGCCACAGUUCAACUUGUGAUUGCCAUGUAAACUUCUCAAACGAAUCAAAUGAAAAAAAAUCAAAAAACAAUGGAAAAGAAAAGAAUAUUGACUCACCAAGUUUUGAUUCUGAUAACUGUAGUUGCGAAGAUUGUGCCGAAGAUAAUUUAUCAAAAGACAUUGAUGAAUGCCAUAAUGGUGUGAAUAAACAAGAUCACGAAGAUGAUUGCUUAUGUCCAAAAUGUCUUUGCAUAGAGUGCAUGGCUGGAGAUUAUAUCACAGACAUGGAGAAACCCAAAUCAGAUAUAAAAAGUUCAACUAAAGACCAAGAGAACACUGAUGAAUUAUGUAUAGAUAAUGCAAAUCAAGAGCAGCAGAUAAAAGAUCCACAAGAUAUUGAAGAAUGCAAUUGUGAUGAUUGUCAAGAAGAAGCAAAUGAUAAUAUAAAUCAAAAUAUUUCACUUGCGCACUCAAAGAAAAUUACUGAAAAUGAACAUUCUUCUAAUUGCGAUUGUUCAAAAUGCUGCUGCAUAGAAUGCUACAUUGAAAAUAUGGAAAACAAUGACGUUGGAAAACAGAAAAGCGAUGAUUUAAAUAAAUCUGUUGAUAGAGAAGAAAAUGAACAAGUUGAAGAAUGUGAUUGCCCCGAUUGUGUGAAUGACUCAGCUGAAAGCAUUAGUAAAAAUAAAAAUAAUAUAAAAUCUAAUAAUACAAGCCCAGGAAAUAACAAACUGAUGCAAAAUGGUACUAAUGAUAUUAAUGAUGAUUGUAUUUGUAUGGACUGUACUAAAGAAAAUCUUAGCAAUUCUAUCCGUCAAAACAGUAACGAAUAUAAGGAAGCUAUUAAUAACAAACAAAAUAAAAGUAGCUUUCAGAGUAGUUGUUUAUCAGCAAAUAAUGCCGGCGUAAAAUCCAACGCUAAAGUUGGAUCGACUAUGCAAAAGAUUGUGAGUUCACAUAAAAGUAAUCUUGAUCGAGAAAAUGAUAGACAAGAUCAUCAUAAACCAGAUUGUAUGUGUUCAGAAUGCUGCUGUGCAGGUUUCAUAAAGCAAAAUGUGAAGGCAAAGGAUGUAAAACAAAAUCCAAUAUCAAUAGAUCCGCUGGCAAAGCCAGUAACUCAACAUUAA